CAUGAGUGGGUGGUUUGGCUUUGCUCUGCUCAAUUCACUGCUACUGUAGUGUUGUUGAGUGCCGUAAACGGAGCGCGCGCUAGCCGAAUUCCUUGGGCAGAGGUAGCAGCAAGCUGAUGUUGCGGGAGCUGAGUAUAUGCACUCGCUGACACUAUGGAUUUCAAUGUGAAAAAACUAGCUUCUGAUGCAGGAGUCUUUUUCACACGCGCUGUGCAGUUCACAGAGGAGAAACUGGGCCAGGCUGAGAAGACCGAGCUUGAUGCCCAUUUUGAGAACCUGCUCGCUCGGGCUGACUGCACCAAGAACUGGACUGAGAAGAUCUUUCGGCAGACGGAGGUCCUGCUGCAGCCAAACCCGAUUGAUCACACUGGUGCUCGGAUCGAGGAGUUCCUCUAUGAGAAACUGGACAGGAAGAUCCCCUCCAGGACUACCAAUGGGGAGCUGCUCGGACAGUACAUGCUGGACGCGGCCAAGGAUUUUGGACCCGGAUCCCCGUACGGAAGUACCCUGAUCAAGGUCGGGGAAUGCCAGAGACGCCUCGGGGGGGCGGAGCGUGAGUUUAUGCAGACAUCAGCCAUUAACUUCCUCACCCCUCUCCGCAACUUCCUGGAGGGCGACUGGAGGACCAUCUCUAAAGAGAGACGUCUGCUUGAGAAUCGCCGGCUGGACCUGGAUGCCUGCAAAGCGCGCUUAAAGAAAGCCAAGGCAGCGGAGGCCAAAGCAGCGGCUGUGCCCAAUUUUCAGGAGACUAGACCACGUAAUUACGUACUGUCCGCCAGCGCAUCCGCGCUCUGGAGUGAGGAGGUGGACAAAGCAGAGCACGAGCUCCGUGUGGCUCAGACGGAGUUCGACCGGCAGGCGGAGGUCACCAGGCUGCUGCUGGAGGGCAUUAGUAGCACACAUGUGAAUCACCUGCGUUGUCUGCAUGAGUUUGUGGAGGCUCAGGCCAUCUACUACAACCAGUGCAACCAGUACAUGAUGGAUCUACAAAAAGAGCUGGGCAGUUCUGAUGGAGAUGUGUACCCCAAUGCAUUCACUGUGAAUCCCACCCCCUCCAGUGCCUCACCCUCGACAGCGGCCACCCUGCCCGUGGUGCCCAUCGCAGGGGCCGUCUCCACCAGCGCCCCAGAAGCUGACACGCUGAAGAUUGAGGAGGUGCAGCCCCCUGCCACUGGCACCCGCAAGGCCAAGGUCCUAUACGACUAUGACGCUGCAGACACCAGCGAGAUGUCCUUGCUGGCAGAUGAGCUCAUCACAGUGUACACUGUGCCAGGCAUGGAUCCUGAUUGGCUGAUUGGAGAGAGGGGCAACCAGAAGGGCAAGGUGCCUGUUACAUACCUGGAGCUACUGAGCUAAAGAGGACAGAACGGAGUGAAUCGUGAUAUGAAGAACAGACCCACACACUGACACAAGCAUUUGCACAUACACACACUCAUUCAGACCUCUGCUUAUAGCAUUUCCAUGGCCAUGCAACUACACACACUCAAACAAUUAUACAUCCACACACAUAAACACACACACACACACACACACACACACACAAUAUUUACUAGAAAUAAACAAAUGCUGAAUACAUGCAAGAAGAAAAUGAAGACCACUGGCAAUAGGGAACAGCAAGAUAAAUGCAACCCAAUCUUCAGAAUAUGGAGAUGCAUAAUAGGUGUUUACAGAACUUUAAAUACCCCAUGGCCUUCUUUGCCUGGGUUUUUCUUUGAUUUAUUUUGAUUUCCUCCCAAGGUCAGUAACAGGUUAAAUGUGGAGGUCACCCGUGCAAAGAACACAUUUCCUGACCCCUGACCCCUGCAUGGUCGUUUUGAAGAUUAGCCAUUUUACACACCCUGGAGUGCUGACUCAAUCUCCCCAAAACUCCUCUUGCUUCCCCUUGCUUUGCCAUUUGUCAGGCAAAAACACAGAGAAAGUGCAUGGCUGCUAUGUAUUAGCCUAUGUUUUUAAAAAAAGGAUCUUAAUUUUGUUCAGUUCCGCAGUAUUUUUACCCAUUAACAAGGCAAACUCAUCAGUUGUGAUUUCUAACUGGGCUGAAUUAUAUUUAUUCACUGCCUGAUAGAGCUGGAGAGGAUUGUACAGCAUUCGUCAUCCAAUGGAAAGUAAUCCCCUUAAAUGCCAGGAGGUCAGUGCUUUGCUUAGCCGGCCCCUAACAUUGCCGUGGUCUAGAAACAUUGAGGCCCUGUGCACACUCGCAGCUGAUGGAUGUCACACUGCUUCUGACUACCCACGCUCCCUGUGUCUGUGUUGGUACGUGAAUGCAUGCAUUUACCAUCCUGAAUACGCCACAGUACUUCCACCCCCUUUGUGUGCUAACUGUAAUAUUGCAAGGCAUGAUGUGUUAUUUCAAUGCCACACGCUUUCGCAGUCUAGCACUGACACCACAUUAGACAGCGCUGUGCAGCUGUGAGUGUGCACUGCAUUGUGUAAACUCGGUUAAAAACGUUAAAAAGCUGCACCGUAUUAACAAGGGCCUCUGAUGUUUGGCUGUGGUUGGGAAUCAUUGCAUCCAGGUCCACAAUACGGCACUAAAUGUGCACAAAGCCAUAAUUAAGGAAAAAGUUUGAGGGUUCUGUUUUGUAUGUACAGAGCCAGAAUGACGUACAUUUGGGCUGUCCAGCCAAUGCAGGUGUGUGGGUGUGACUUCAUUUAGAGUGUGGUGUUUUUUUCCCCCCCUGAGCUGUCAUGAGAUGCUCAAUGUUUGAUUCACAUCAGCAUUCAUAAAAAAGUGGUCACAAUGUGUCUGACUGACUCCACCAUAUAUAAAUGCACAGUCACCCACUCACCAUGUACCAGAACACUGCAUAUGAAGACUGUCUUUAGGAUUAUGAAAAAUGUACCAAUUGUAAAUUUACUGUUGGACUUCUGUGAAUGAACCUUUUGUGAAAGAAUGUAAAACAUCCUUAUGUGGCUGGAGAAGGUUUCAGUCUUUGGGCAUGCUUUCCUGUUAAUGUAAAAUUUAAUUUAAGAUUCUGAUGUGUGUACAUACAUACAGCAUAUUUAAACAUAUUGUGAUAAAAUAUGUAUGUUUUUUGUUUGCUUUUAUUUAGCUGCUGUUGUAUGGUUGUAUUUUCUGUUGAUUUAUUGUGUCCCUCCAUAAUUUAGCCGUUGUUCCAUUUUCUCACCCCAGUCUUUGUAUAGCAAGGAACACCAGUUACUGAAUACUGGAAAAAACCUGCACCAAAACCUUUUUCUUUCUGUUUUUAUAUUGCUUUAAAUUGCUGUGGAUGUAUUUGAUGUCAUUUUUUGUUGUUUUUGAAGUUGUUGUGUGCGUGUUUGUGUGCGUGUGCGUGUGUGCAUGUGCGUGUGAGAGAGUGUGUUACUGCGUAUGUAAGGCUUGAUCCCUGAAAUGUAUUAACAUUUUUUGAAGAGUAACACUGUAACCUUCUGUCUUUCACAUUUUGUACACAGCCCCUUUGUAACUGCUGCUGUAUAGUUUGAGUCUCCAGGGCUGCGUCGUGUCAUUAGACUCUCGUCACACCUUGUCUCUUUUGUUUUGGUCGGCCCACUUAUUAUUAUUUUUUGCCCUCUGUGUAUUUAUUGCCUGUUCCAAAAACCGUGUAUAAUGAAUGAGUAAAACUUGAACAUAAUAAAAGUUAGCUUUAUUGGGA